AUGGAUCCGAAGAUGCUAAAUGCUCAAAAUCUGUCCGCUUUUAUCAUGAACAAGACAAACAUCACCCCGACUGUGGCAUUAACCGGCAGUCCACCACAAAGUACUGUUUCGGCCAGUCUUGCCACCACCGGGGCAUUGGCCGUGAUUUUCAACUCUCUGGCCAUAAUCUGGACGGUGGCCAAUAAAUCGCUACGGACACCGUUCAACGUUUACAUUAUUGCAUUAUUGUGCAGCAAUGUCGCAUUUGUGGGAACCAACUACACAUUGAUCAUUCUUUCAAAUGUGUACGGACCAUCGUGGAUCGGUUAUGCAGGCUGCACGUUACGCCUGUAUGCACUGUAUGUCCUCGCGCCGCUUGUUUACAAUUCUCAUUUAAUGAUCACUAUUAAUCGUGUCUGGGCGCUCUUCUGGCCGAUAUCUUAUCGCGCCCGGCACAGUCGCCUUACCGCUGCCCUAAUAUCUUGCGGUGUGGUGGCGUAUGUGCACAUAUUAAUGCUACCGCAGGUGCUGCUCGAUCAUCUCAACUAUCGCCUCCCUAUGGAGAAUGGCUGCCGGUUAAACAGCGCCAGCGUAUUGACGUUGACUGCAUUUACAUCUAUCUGGGUGUUCAACGUGCCGACUGUUGGGAUUCCAGCUGCCUAUCCGUUAUUGCUGUGGAAGAUGUGGUCACGUCGACGAGUAAUGGGACGAAAUCGCACGGACAACAACCAGGUGAUACAACGGCCCGAUGGGAAGAAGGAAGCCUUCUACCGUCCUUUCGUACUGCUGACACUGUACACCUGUAGCACCAUGGUAUGCUGGUUACCGAGUUUUUUCUACUAUACCCUCCUCAGCAGUUUCUCUACUGUGCAAUUGGGAGCAGCGCUGUACCAGGCCCAGCAGACCAUGUACAGCCUGCAACCGGUCCUGGAUCCGCUUUUCUUUGUUUUGACAGCCAUUAAUCUACGGAAAUAUAUGUGGCGAUUAUACAAGCUACAGAGUCCUGGGCCGGUGAAAGCAACAAGCGACCGAGAUAAGUCGGUGCCGACUGCCGCAACUGGUUGCGAUGCGCACGGAAACCCAAAGACUGAAGCUGUCACCUAA